GUGUGGCAAGGACAAACUUGGCUCCUGCAUACCCAUGUACACAGCCACUGGGGGAGAGAGCACACGCGGUCUGUCGGGGCUCAGAUGAACUUCUUCAGGUUACAGUGACUCAGGGAAAAGAAAAAUAAAAGCACGUUCACGGUGUGUCGCUCAGCUGACUGUGUUCCCCGAACCUGAUUGUUGUGUACAGGACGUGUAGAGAUGCCUCCAGCAACAAGCGGCCCAGCGGGCUACACCCCUCCCGAAGGGGGCUGGGGUUGGGCCGUCGUGGUCGGUGCUUUCAUCAGCAUUGGCUUCUCCUACGCCUUCCCCAAAUCCAUCACGGUUUUCUUCAAAGAGAUCGAGGUGAUCUUCGGUGCCAACAGCAGCCAGGUCUCAUGGAUCUCCUCCAUCAUGUUGGCGGUCAUGUACGCUGGAGGACCAAUCAGCAGCGUCCUGGUGAACAAGUAUGGCAGCCGACCAAUCAUCAUCAUCGGAGGUUGUCUGGCCAGCACAGGCUUGGUCUGCGCCUCCUUCUGUAAUACAGUGGAGGGACUGUACUUCUGUGUGGGAGUCAUUGGAGGCCUUGGCUUGGCAUUCAAUCUGAAUCCUGCGUUGACGAUGAUUGGGAAAUACUUCUAUAAGAGGCGUCCGAUUGCUAAUGGCAUUGCCAUGGCGGGCAGCCCCGUGUUCCUCUCCACACUGGCGCCUCUGAACAGCUGGCUAUAUGAUCAGUUUGGCUGGAGAGGCAGUUUUCUGAUUCUGGGUGGUGCGCUGCUUAACUGCUGUGUGGCCGGCUCGUUGAUGCGACCCAUUGGACCAAAACCGCAGCCCAAACCUGAUGUACAGGAGGGAGGGACCAAAGGGCAUGAGAAGAAAACUGUGAUGCAGACAAUCAACAGCUUCCUCGACCUGACACUGUUUAAGCAUCGGGGUUUCCUGCUUUACUUGUUGGGCAACGUGAUUAUGUUUUUCGGUCUGUUUGCACCACUUGUCUUCCUCAGUAAUUAUGCAAAGAGCAUCGGCAUCGCCAAAGACAAGGCAGCGUUCCUGCUUUCCAUGCUGGCCUUCACGGAUAUGGUGGCACGGCCAUCUAUGGGCCUAGUGGCGAACACCCGCUGGGUUCGCCCACGUAUACAGUAUUUCUUUGCUGCAGCAGUGUUGUAUAACGGUGUGUGUCACCUGCUGGCACCAUUGUCUGUGGACUAUGUGGGCUUCUCUGUCUAUGCUGUGUUCUUCGGCGUGGCGUUCGGCUGGCUCAGCUCCGUGCUCUUCGAGACGCUUAUGGACCUGGUGGGGGCGCAAAGGUUCUCUAGUGCCGUGGGCCUCGUCACGAUUGUGGAGUGUGCGCCAGUGCUGCUCGGACCCCCCGUACUGGGCAGCCUGAACGACAAAUACCAUGACUACAAAUACACGUACAUUGGCUGUGGCAUUGUCCUGGUUAUAGCCAGCGUAUUUCUGUUCGUCGGGAUGGGCAUCAACUACCAUCUGCUGGACCGAGAGAAGAAAGAGGAGGAGAGGAAAGCAAGGCUUGAAGACAAGGAACAAGAGACAAACCUAGACAAUGCCGAGAAGGAAGCAGAGAAAGAAGUGUCCAUACCGCUCACACAAGCAGACGUGGCCAAAUUGGACGAGGACGCUGUGUAACAUGCACCACAACGCGUGCUCACGUUUGCGACAUCUUUCAUUAGUGACCGUCUACAAUAAACGAGAAUGAGCAGCGGAUGGUUUUACAUUUUAGAAUUAUGAAAAGGUUUAGCCAGCCGUUUUACAUUCACUUGCGCACACGUGCAGAACUCCUAUAUAUUCAUUCACACGUUAUCCGUAGUCCAGAGCCUGGUUUCAGUUCGUCCUUAUCAAGCUGGAUUACAACUGGCAGAUCAUUUCUCCUGCUUUUUCCACCAAAGAAAGUUCUCUCAAACACUCCAGCUCAGUGUUGGUACGCCCCCCCCCCCUUUUCCUUCCCCUCCUCCACUAGAGAUAAAAAUAUAGGUUUUAAUGAGCAACCAUCCAUCUAACCUUGGAAAAACUGCCAUUCUCAUUUAAGUGCAACUGCAAAACGAGCAACACAGAUAUCAAACGGGUACAGAUGCUCGGCUCUCUCUGGAGCUCAAGUUAGCUUUCGUGUGUGCGCGUGAGAUUCAGGAUACCUCGCGGUACUGAAAGGGACAGUUAUUCAAAGGAUAUGGUUCAGUGUUUUAAUUCUAACCGUAGGAGCUCAGCAAAGCCAGAAAUUCUCACCCAUUUGGUUCCUGAUAUCUUUUCUCACUAUUGUUCAUACUAUUUCUAAUGAUUGCUCAUAACCCACACCAAACAGAACUACAAAUUUAAUACACAUCGCACACACAUUCACAUGGAGAUGUAAACUUUUUUUUUUAAGGUUUUUUUUGUUUUCUCCUCCCCAUUUCAUUUCUGUUAUGGGUUUCUGUAUUGCAAUAUGCAGAAUAUGACGUUUAGAAAGAUUAGCCAUUUAUUCAUGUCUGUUGUUUCCAUAUACAUACGAGUCUGUUCUCUGUGCAAGGUGUACUAUUCAUCUAAUGCUUGUGCCUUUUGAGGUGCUUUACUAGCUAGUUGAGCCCUCGGAUAACCUGAGCACAGUGUUUUUGUUUUAAUACACCCUGUUAAUACCAUUUUAAUCCUUUUUACAAACUGCUAUUCUCACUUUUUCUAGUCAGAUUAUUACAUCUCAUUUCGAUUUUGAGCAGUAUUCUAGAAGAAAGCACAGAGAAUGCCAUCCAUCUCAUAACAUUUGAGAACCGACUUCCCAGUGAAUCAGAAUAAUUUGAGUACGGGUCAGGCGUGAUUCUUCAGGAGUGUACAUUUGAUCUUCCAUGCACAGUAUAGUAUCAGUAAACCACAAGGGGGUUUGUACUGGUAGUAAAGCUCACUGGGGGAAAUUUAAUUUCAGUCGGUACGCUCGUAAAUGCCAACGAUGUGCAGUGUAGUCUUGCACAUCACUGUUUCUUAGCUUCUCAGAAAGGCUGGACAAUUAUAAAGCUUUGCCUCAAGUAUAAUAAUGUGUUACUUUUAGCUGGCUUUGAUAUUUAAGAGGCCAAGACACCAAGUCCAAGUAUUUCUUCAUUCCAAACUUCAAUGGAAGUACAUCAUAUAUAUAAUAUUUAACGUCCAGCAUUAGUUUUUAAAUGGCAGUUGAUUUUCUAGAUUCAUUUUUGGGAUCGAAAUGAAGGUUAUGUGUAUUGAUCUAAAAAAUGUGUGGGAACAUUUCAGUACAGACUCAUUGUAUGUUAAGACACUCUUUAGUACCUUGAUUUCUCUUGCUUUUUAGUAAAUCUAAUUUUGAUAGUAACUUGAGUGUUAUCUGGGUGUGAUAUUUUGUAUGUUUUGACCUGGUGUAGUGUAACAAUAAACUGUUUUUAAAGAUUUUAA